CUGAGUGCCCGCGGGGACACUCCACACAUUCAGAAAAAUGGCCCCGAAUGGCCCCGAAUGCAAUUUCUCUGCUCCACGCAGGGAAAGCCUUUGGGGCAAGAAGGGCUCAGAAUGGCUCCAGCCAAGGAAGGCUCUCAAUCAUUGGUUCUUAAUUGGGGCCCGGCGUUAACAAGGGGAUAAAUGAGGCAGUGUGGUGAGCCCACGUCCUUUGUGUGCCAUGAAUGGUCACUGCUGUGCGGGGCUCAGUGCUCUGCAGAGCGGUUCCCCAGGGCUGUGUGUGUGCACCUGACUAAUGCCAAGCAAUGAGGCCGUGUUUGCAGCAGUGGGCCUGAUGGAGAAUAAUGCAGAGCCGUAGCAUGGGGGGGGGGUUGUGAACGGUUUGAGCAUAAGUUAUGGUUCUGAUCAUAUUUGGCAAUUUCAGAUUAAAAAUAACUGUGGACUUGGGGGUUAUAGAUUGCCAUCUAUCAGCUUCAUGAAAAGGAAAAAAAAAAAAAGGAAUUAAAAGCCAAAUCCGGCCGUACAAAUUGCCUGGCUGUGACCUACUUAUGGAAAGUCGGGGGUUUUUUUUGUUGGGUUUUUUUGUUUCCUCCAGGAUUGAGCUCUCUCAGUGCGGGGAGGUGUGGGCUGUGUGUCUGUAGGUUUGCUGGCUGCUGGGUGGGAGGGCACCCAUCGAGCAGCUGCAUGGGAGAGGGAUGCUGGGUGGUUCUGGGCAAGGUGGGAGAGGUGGAAGUCGGGUUGUUUCGGUUGAUGGAGAAGUGUCAGCAGCAGGUUUGCAUCAGGGUGUGGGUUGGAUGCUUGGCCUUGUUUGUUCCGUUCUGCCCCAAAGCUGGGCGUUCUGCUGGAAGGCUCGCUGCUGAGGAGGUCUCUGCAGCAGAUGGGAAUGCUGGUUGGGGCUGGGUUUGGGCUUACAGUUGCAACUGAUCUUGGGCAAACUGAUUGUGAAAAGGCCAUGGCUGGGCUUUGGGGGAGCACAGGGGUGAAGGAGGGGAGUGUGCCCCAGGAGCUGCUGCAGAGUGGCACUGCUGAGUCUCACCCUGUCCAAUGCUGGAAGAUUGAGUCAGUCUCUCUCCCCUCCCCAAAUACUGCCUCCUUUGCACGGCAGCACCCAUGGCUCCUUCUGGCGGUGUCCCUGAGAGCUCUCAGCAUCCUCCCUGCUGCUCACUGCUCCCCUGCAGCCCUCCAUGCGGUGCUCCCCGCCCCUCCUACUCACACGGGCUGCCAGGAGAGGGGGCCUUCAGCCUUGGAGGCUGCAAGAGGAGAUAAAUAUGUGUGCAGAGCAGGUGUGCGUGCGCCCGGCUCGUUCCGCUUGUUUCCUGCCUGUUGCUCGCGAAGGAAGGAGAUUUUUAUCUGAGCAGGAAGAAAGCAAAGGAGCUGAAAGCAAGGCGAGGUGCUGCUUUGCAAGCAUCUUCGUCCGUGCAUGGCAGGCUCUGCUGCUGUGGUCAAAAAGCAGCGAAGGAAAAAAGGCUCUCUCAUCCCCAGAGGAGGCUACAAAGCUCUCUUUCUCUUCCUGCUGAACCUUCACAGCUGGACUCGGUUGCUGGCUCCUCUGCUGCUGGAGCGACUGAAUUAUUGAAAGGAAUCUUGAUUUUGUUUUCUCUUUGCUGUUUUCAUGCGUUGCGUUUAUUGUCUAUAGAUAUUUUUAAAGUCUGAAGCAAUUACAGCUGUCAGAAAAGAGACGAGCUGUGACAGGCUGAUUUAUAUGUACGUUGCAUGUAUGCAAGAGAGGGAGAGCGGGAUGGGCAGGGAUUCUGCUGGGCAUUGGUAUGCAGGAACCAGCGAUUUCAAUUCCUUGGGACUUGCAGAUAACACCCAGCAUCUCCCAACAGGGUUGGUUGGUGACUUUGGGUUGGGGUGUCUGGAAGUCACCCCAAGCCCUUUGAGGUCCUCCUGCCCUCAGCACUGACAGGUGCUUUCUCUCCUGAUGGAGGGUGCCCAGCCUGAACGCUGCUUCAGGAGUUUGCGUGGCUGCAGUCCUUGUGAUCCCAUUGGUUUGGCUGAUGAAGGAACCUGUCCCUGCCCAGGCAAAGGGAGCAGGGUGUGUGCUGAGUGAUGCGGGUCCUGUGCGUGAGGGCAGCUAAUAAGUAGCACAGGGUGGUCCCGAAAGGAUGCUCCAGCAAAAUCAGUGCUUCUUGUUCCUCGCUGACUUACACAUCCCUGAAAAUUCCCUGCUCUAGGGGAAGCGCAGCCCUGCACGUGGAGUUUCAUUCUGUCACAAACUCAUCCUGCUGUUUGCAGCUAGGUUUUGUGGCUGCAAAAGUUGCGAAGCCCUCCUGCGCCGAGCAGGGUGAGCUGCAGAGCUCCCUCCUCCUGCCGAGGGCUGCAGAGAGCUGCUCCCUUCUCCAGGGAGCCGGGAAGCGGAGGGAGGGAAUGCAGGGCAGCACGUCCCAGCAGGGCUGGAUUCAUAAAGCAGAGCCUUCGGAAGGGAAAGGAGUCGGGAGAGAGAUGCAAAGCAAUCCCCUUCUCAUAUGACCUAUCAGCGCUCACAAUAAUAAUAAAGCUUUAUUUGAUUGAGUGUUUCCUCUGCCUGGCACAGCUCAUAAUGUUUGAGAGAUUAAAUAGCACAGUUAGUGAAUUAAGCAGUAGUUUACAGGGGAUUCGGAGACUCCGGGGAUUAGUAACGGGCUAUGGAUCCUUUCACAUCUAGGUCACCCCUCGGAAUCCAGCUCAGGAGUGCCCGUGCGCAGCGGAGAUGCCACCUUCCCCAAAGCUAUGGACAACGUGACUGUGCGGCAAGGGGAGAGUGCCACGCUCAGGUGCUCCGUGGACAACCGCGUCACCCGCGUGGCCUGGCUGAACCGCAGCAGCAUCCUCUAUGCCGGCAAUGACAAGUGGUGCUUGGACCCGAGGGUGGUGCUCCUGGCCAACACCAAAACCCAGUACAGCAUCCAGAUCCACGACGUGGACGUGUACGAUGAAGGGCCCUACACCUGCUCCGUGCAGACAGACAAUCACCCCAAGACAUCUCGCGUGCACCUCAUUGUGCAAGUGUCGCCGAAAAUUACCGAGAUCUCUUCUGACAUCUCCAUCAAUGAAGGUGGCAACGUCAGCCUCACCUGCAUAGCCACGGGCAGGCCAGACCCCACAAUCACCUGGAGACACAUCUCGCCCAAAGCUGUGGGCUUCAUCAGCGAGGACGAGUACCUGGAGAUCACAGGCAUCACGAGGGAGCAGUCGGGCGAGUACGAGUGCAGUGCCUCCAACGACGUGGCCGCGCCUGUCGUCCAGCGAGUCAAAGUCACCGUCAACUACCCACCGUACAUCUCGGAUGCGAAGAGCACCGGUGUGCCGGUGGGGCAGAAGGGCAUCCUGAUGUGUGAAGCCUCCGCUGUGCCCUCCGCUGACUUCCAGUGGUACAAAGACGACAAGCGGCUGGCUGAAGGACAGAAAGGGCUGAAGGUGGAAAACAAAGCCUUCUUCUCCCGACUGACUUUCUUCAACGUCUCCGAGCAGGACUACGGCAACUACACCUGCGUGGCCUCCAACCAGCUAGGAAACACCAACGCCAGCAUGAUCCUUUAUGAAGAGACAACAACCGCUCUGACACCCUGGAAAGGCCCCGGUGCAGUGCACGAUGGCAACAGCGGUGCGUGGCGGCGAGGCAGCUGUGCCUGGCUGCUGGCCCUGCCGCUCGCCCAGCUCGCCCGUCAGUUCUGAGCCCCGAGGCGGCCACGACCACCACAGCAGAAAGGAGAGGAAGAAGAUGUAUUCACUGUUUCUGAAAAUAAUCAUAAGAAUUGAGAGAGUUGUCCGGCCAGGCCUUCUGGGGGAGGGGGAGAGAGGAAAAACAUGCAAAAAAAAAAAAAAAAAGAAAGAAAAAAAUUAAUAAUAAUAAUAAUAAUAAUAAUAAUUCAAAGGGAAUUUGGAAAGGAGGGGAAAAAAAAAAAAUUAUCCAAGGCUUCCUGCUGAAGACGCAACGCGACUGAGUCUUUUUCUUUCCUCUGGUUAUUUUUUCGCCUGCCCCUUUUUCUCCCCCGUUUCGUCGUUCUCUGCCGUGGGUCAUUGUGGGGAUGGGACAGCCCUGGUCCCCUCACCAUCCCCGCUCACCCGGAGCCCCUCCGUCCGUAUGCGCAGGUUUUCUUCUUCGCCGAGAUUUCCCCGUCUUCUCAUGGACUGUGCCGCCAUUUGUGUUCCGAAAUAUAGAUAUAUAUAUCCACAUAUACAUAUAUAUAUAUGUAUAGAUCUAUAGAUCUUCAACAGUUACACCACACCGCCACGAACGGGAAGGGAGGAAGGAGAGCAGUGCCGAGCCACGUUCAUCGUACGCCAUGCGGACAUCGUGAAUGAGAAGGGUUAAUUUUAUUAAUUAUAUUUUCUGAUACGAGCCUAGAACUCUUAGUUCCUAAAAAACCAAGAUGCAAAAAAAAAAAAAAAAAAAAAAAAAAAAAAAAGGGAAAGGAAGAAA